GGGCCCCGCCGCCCGCCCGCGACCCCGCCCGACCCCGCCCGGCCCCCGGCCCGCUCAAUGCCCAGGGUGUUCUGUUGGAGGAUACUUGGCACAUUUAUGGCGAUUCUGAGCGUCAGGGCAGACUUCUGCCAGGCCCAGCACAGCACCCUGGCUGCCAAGUGAGCUGAGGGGGCUCCCCACGGGUGUGCCAGAAUUCCCUUUGCCUUGAAGACUCCGGGAACACAGCGGGACGCGCUCAAAUUUAUGGGAUAUCUCCUGCCCAUUGGAAGCAGAUUCCUGUCACUGACUCUGGCAGAACUCAGCGCCAGGAAAACGAAGUGGAGACAAAACCUGCCCUUACUUCCUUCGCCUCACCAGUGCCUAAAUGUAGAACAGGCUGCCUAGUCUUGCAUGUAGUCGGAAUUUCGGGAGUCUGAAGGAUACCACCCGCCAGGAAUUGAGGAUUCUGAAGCAAACCUGCUUUUCUAGGAGCAAAAUCCCUGAGGAACAAACCCGUCAAAGCAAGCUCUGAUCAAUCCCAAGCAUAUUAGUGGUCUUUUUGAUGUUUUCUGCUGUGAAACGUUUCCAAGGUCAUUGAUUUUUUUUUUCCCUCCCCUUUUAUUUUUCUUCUUUUUUUUCUUUUCUUUUCUUUUUUUUUUUGGCCCCUCACACAUUUUCUUUGCCAUUAUGAACCGUCCAGCCCCCGUGGAAAUUACAUACGAGAAUCUGCGUUUCCUGAUCACUCACAACCCAACCAAUGCAACCCUCAGCAAGUUCAUCGAGGAGCUGAAGAAGUACGGGGUGACAACCUUGGUGCGAGUUUGUGAUGCCACUUAUGAUCAAGCUCCAAUCGAGAAAGAAGGAAUCCAAGUUCUAGAUUGGCCGUUUGAUGAUGGAGCACCACCCCCAAGUCAGAUCGUGGAGGACUGGCUGAACCUUUUGAAAACCAAAUUUCGGGAGGAGCCUGGAUGCUGUGUGGCUGUUCACUGUGUGGCAGGCUUGGGAAGGGCUCCUGUUCUGGUUGCACUUGCUCUCAUUGAAUGUGGAAUGAAGUAUGAGGAUGCAGUUCAGUUUAUAAGGCAGAAAAGGAGGGGAGCUUUCAAUUCCAAACAGCUGCUUUAUCUGGAGAAAUACCGGCCUAAGAUGCGAUUACGCUUCAAAGAUGCCAACGGUCACUGCUGUGUUCAAUAAAUAAACAAACAAAAAGAUCUCAAAAGGAAGGCAGAAGUGAGCAGGGGGCUCUUCUCUGGACUCUUGGCACCUGGAAAUGUGAAUCUGGAAUCAAAACAAAACGUCAUCAAAUUAACGGUGGAGUCAGUGCUCCUCAACCUGUGUCCUAAAAAAUAAUAAUAAUAAAAAAAAAUGGGUGAUGAUGAUUGAGAGGAAAAAAAAAACCAACCCAAAAUUAAAAAAAUAUAAUAAUAAUAAUAAUAAUAAUAAAACCCAAUUAAGAGAAACAUUUCAGUGAAGGAUUGUUUUCUCCUUACGCUGCAAUCUGCGAGGAGAAAAGCAGUUUCUGACCCUUCUGUAUUUUUAACUUUUUAAGAAAAGAAAUAAAGUCAACUUUAUGUCUGAGGAAAAGCAGCAGAGCAUUGGCUUGUGCAGGGAGUAUUUUCUUGAGGAAAGCACCCCCCAGUCAGGGCCUGAGCCAUGAAUUCCUCUUUAAACUCUUGGAAAAGGAGGUUUUUUUUGGUUUUAACCUGGCAGAGACACGAGGAGGAGCCUUUGUGGCUGGCUGGGAACAGCCUUAAGCCCCUUUUUGGGCACAUCCCAGGGGAUUGGGUGAUGUCUGUGCUGGGUGUUUCCCAUGGAAUUCUGACUCCUGGGGGGCUUGAACAGAAACCUCACUGCCUAAACCCUCUGGUGAUUCUACUUUUGAGAGUGUGUGAGAUUCUCUGUGUGUGUCAGUCUUGAUUUUUUUUUCCAAAGAAUUUGGCUGAAAUGUUAAUUACUCCCUUUCUGUUGCUAGACAGAAAAUCCAUCCUGGCACAGGACUGAUGUUCCAAAGUGUCCUGGGUGAGCAAGGGGCGAUUCAGACAAGGACUUAAAAUUAAUUUCUCUGUCAAAAAGAUGGAAAAGGCUUUUUUUUUUUUUUUUUUUUUUUUUUUUUUUUGCUGCUGCUAUCCACAUUCCCUGCCUUGCUGAGCGCAGGAAAUUGGGAUUUGGGGCCAGGUGUGAGGGAAAAAUGAGGGGGGAUUUUCUCAACUGAACCACUGAUUGCCUUCUUCUUUUUUAUUGGGGUCUUUGGGAGGGAGAAUCCCUAAUUGCACCCCAAAAUCCUGGCACCCUUCAUCAGCAAACCCUAACAACUCGGAUUUUUGGAGAUCUUUUUGUGGGGCUGCCAGGGAACCAAUUAAGGGAUUUUAGGAGCAAUUUUAGCCAGGCUGCUUCUACCAAACACACUUUUUGUAGUGCCCUGCCUCAGGGGUGACCUUGUGCACCUUCUCCUGGAUGUUUUUCCAUAAUAUCCAGCCUUGGAAGGGUUUGGAUCCAGGUUUAGGACUCUGUUCCCUUGGGAUAUUUUGCUGUUGUUCUGUACCUGCAGCAGGUGUGGCCUCGUACCCAUCCUCCCUUCCCAGGAUUUCUCCCUCUUCCAGACUCCUGCACGAACCUUUCCAGAGCACAGGGAAUGGACUUUUGCAAUUCCAAUCCUUGGGAGAGCUUUUAGAAAUUUAAGCAGAAAAUGUCAGUACUUGUCAAGCCCCUCAGGUGAGGUCCCCAGCCCCCGGUGCUGUGGUUGUGCUGAAUUCCCUCCUCCCUGUGGAAUAUUCCUGAGUCUUUCCAUGGAUCGAGGAGGGCUGGGAGUGUUUGUGGUGUGGAUGCUGCCCUGAGGAAUGGCCCGAGCCCAGGUGGGAGGGAAAUGGUGCUGAAAUCACCCACUUCUGGCCUUUACCUUCCCCUCCUGCACUCCCAGCCUGAAGUUCCACCUUUCUGCAAAUAAAAAAAUGGAUAUUUUUUUUUUUUUUUUAGCAAAAGGAAUCCUGCUUUAAAACCAAUUUGACAAAUGAAGUCAGAUUGGAGGGGAAGGUGCUGAGCUGGAUGGAAAACCCCAACCCCAACUCCUCCUGAAGAACAAUAAAACAGAUUUUAAAGGCUCUCUGUAUAACUUUGCAUUCUUCCCCCUCCUCCCCUAAUUCCCCUCUUGAUUAUAAUGUACUAAUUAUCAUCUCCAGCCUUAAUUUGAGGGGGAAACAGUGAAGAAAUGCAGAUUGUCACAGUGUGGGGCUGUCACUGUGCCCCCCUAUGUCCCACAGGCACAACUCCUGGCUCAGCCCUUGAACGUGGUGCAAUAAAGUUCUUGCAGUAAAAUCUC